AUUUGUGGAUACGGUGACUUCUGCAAAGCGGAUAUUUGUAUCAGCAACUGUAAUGCCACCGCAGCGUGUGGAAAGGACGCAUCUACCCCGGGUGCUAGCUGCCCACUCAAUGGUGAUAACUGCGGACCUCCAACGGUCCCAUCCUGCUCCUCUAAUGAUAUCCUUAAGCGAGUGAUUGGUUACUACGAAGGGUGGGCGAAUAACCGGACCUACGACUCAUAG